AUGUUUCCCUGUUAUUUUUACGGUAGCGUCCUGCUGCAGGAAUUUAAGCAUAUACCGUAUGCCGUAUUCUCAAGCAAUUGGGUUGAACAGUCACGGAAUUACCGCCAGGAUACCACGAUAUUCUUAGAGAUGGCUUUAAAAUCAGUCACUAUUUUACGAGUUACGAGCAAACUCGCCAAUUUUGUACUUUAUGUUCUACUGCUUACAUUAUUUGCGAUCUUACUAUUAGUUGCAGUUUGGGUUUUAACUGCAACUAGAGCGAAAGCUAAUAUAUCAAAAACCGAUGGAAGAAUUAUUGGUGGUACAGCGGUCAACAUAAGCUCAUUCCCUUGGCAAGUUUCUCUGCAAAGGAGCGGCGAACAUUUUUGUGGUGGAGCUGUUCACAAUGAAAACACUAUUAUAACUGCUGCUCAUUGCCUACAAGCCGUUAAAAUAUCCGCAUUAAAAGUUCGUGUUGGGUCUUCGUAUUGGAAUUCGGGUGGCACAUUAGUUGCGGUAGCCGCUCUUAAGUGGCACACAAGUUAUGAUAAUCUUACUCAAGUCAACGAUGUGGCUAUUAUUCGUUUGGCCACCAAUUUAACGUGUAGCUCCAGCGUUAAACCCAUUGAACUGGCUACUGUCGCUCCUGUUGAUAACGCUGCCGCAGUUGUCACUGGUUGGGGUAGAACAGAUGUUGGCAAAUUUUCUAGACCAUCUGAGCUAAGAGCAAUACAUGUUAAUAUUGUUAGUCGCGUCAAAUGCAGUUCGUCGAGAUAUGGUCACGGACUGUACGUUAAACCUUCAAUGAUUUGCACUUAUGCUAGUGGGAAGGAUCAUUGUUAUGGUGAUUCCGGUAGCCCAUUAGUGUCGGGAGGGCUUAUGGUUGGUAUCGUCUCUUGGGGAUAUGGUUGCGCUUUGCCUGACUAUCCUGGAGUUUAUGCUGACAUUGCCGAUCUACGUGAAUGGAUAGUCAAGAAUGCUGUCACUAUUUAG